AUGGAUAUUACUGGCAAACUAGGCACUCCACAAGACCAGCAGUAUGUGAUAGUAACUACCGACGCAUUCUCGAAGUAUGUUUUACUGUACUUCACCAGCAACAAGAGCCCACAUAGUACAUUGGGUGCUCUCAAACGUACAAUACAUUUAUUUGGCUCACCAGUGCAAAUUAUAGUGGAUGGCGGUAGAGAAUUCCUUGGAGAGUUCAAAGAAUAUUGUGACAGAAUUGGUAUAGAAAUUCAUGCAAUCAGUCCAGGAGUUAGCCGAGCUAAUGGCCAAGUUGAAAGAGUUGUGGCAACUCUCAAGAAUGCUUUAAUUAUAAUAAAAAAUUACGAAACAGAACAAUGGCAUACUGCUCUCGAGGAACUUCAGUUGGCAAUGAAUUGCACAGCUCAUCGGGUUACUGGAGUAGCUCCUUUAACUCUCAUUACACAACGAAAGCAUUGCGUACCUCCUGAGCUACUUCAUUUAGUAGAUAUUGAUAACCAAACUAUUAAUAUUGAAGUUCUUUCACAACAAGUGCAGCAAAGAAUGGUUCAAUCCAGUGAACAGGAUACAAGGAGGUUUAAUCAGCACAAGGCUAAAAUUCGCCAUUUUCAAAGAGGCGACUAUGUGCUCAUUAAAAAUAAUCCUCGUAACCAAACAUCUCUCGAUCUUAAAUUUAGUGAACCUUUUGAGAUUUUUCGAGUUUUAGAGAUUGACAGAUAUUUAGUGAAGAAAGUUGUCGGUAGGGGUCGACCUCGAAAGGUAGCACACGAUCAACUUAGAAAGGCUCCACAACCUGGUGAUCAGUUAACCGUAUCGGCACCAGAAAAUAUACCACCUACUCAACAAAACUGCAUUAGUGUCCCCAUCGAACCUGUUCCGUCUACUUCUCGAGAUGAAACGUUAAUGGAAUAAAUUGACAAUCACCAGCAUCAUGACGUAUGGGUCACUGCUACGAGAAACUACGAGAAAUCCCGAGAAACUACGAGAUCACCCUUCUUCCUGCACAACAAGGCUGGUGCAGAGCACGCACCGCCUGUCAGCAUGGCCGUAUCGGCGCAAUAGUAAAUUAUAAGAGUAGAACUAUAGACAAU